CUCGAAAGAUCUGCCACCGCUACUGUACUCAGUAUACUGUAGCCUCUUCAGGGUGGUCUGGGUCCACAAGACUAUCAUGGCUACUGGUGGUGGACACGGUGUCGACAGUGGAGAGGCAUCUCCACUAGAUGACAUGUGUGAUGACCUGUCACCACUGUAUGAUCAACUCUGUCCUGCUCGUACUACGUGGUUCAAUAUUGGAUUGAAGCUGAACAUCAAUAGUGACGACUUGAGUGCGAUAAACGUAUUAAACAGCAAACCCCCUGACAUCUGUCUCCGUGAAAUGCUGACUGAACGUCUGCACUCUGGUGGUCCCCUCUCAUGGAGGGAUGUGUGUGACUGUCUCCGAUCUUCAACCGUGAAACGUAAUGAUGUGGCGGAGAAGAUUGAGGAGUGGAGAAUAGGAAUGAUGAGCAAAAAGCAGUCUAUAACUACUCAAUUUCCAUAUCCUUUAUCAGAAACUGGCCUAAUUGAAUUUACCGCUCAUCAAACACAAUAUGAAGCUUCACCUGGGCCCAACUUUAUCUGUCCAUAUUGUCAGAAAUGCACGCUUGAGCAGUACUUGUCAAAAAAUUCCUGCCCCAAAGCAACUGGUGAAACCCUCUUUCCAUACCUCAACACACCUGCACUCUCUGAUGAAGAUCGAUCAAUACUAGAGGCCACUCUCAGAAAGGAUACUCAGAAAAUGAUUGAGCUCUUUGCUUCAACCGACACUAGUAUUGCAAAAAAUCUCAGGGAAGAUGUAGCGGUGGUCAAAAAUUUUGUUUUGGAUAUGAUUUCAUCUUUGGAUGAGAAACACAUCGCAAAACUGGAAUUAGCUGAUACAAUUCCUUCUAUUUUUGUUGCCCUUAGGCCGUACAAGUCUUUCUUGAACUACAAAAUUGUCAAUAGUAUUGUAUUGGAAUUUGGCUCCGAAAAUGACAAAAUGAUCAUGAAGGAUUAUGUAAUUGCAUUUGACAACUUUUGUAAAAGAAGUGCUUUUGAGAUUCCCCGCAACACUUUUCCCAGCUUACCUAAAUCGAGGAACGGUACAGACAUUUUGACAGUGAAACUAACUUCAAGUAGAUACUCUUCCCUUGGUGAUGUUAUCUCAGCAAAAGAUACCAUUGCUUCUAUCUUUGACGUGAAUGUAUGGACAUUUCACUUAUGUAGUAUAGAGGAUGGAUGCUUGUGUCUAAGGUUCCUUUUUUCUGCAAAGGCUUUUGCUAAGUUAUUUCCACCCACGGUUUCACAACUAGCUUCUCUCUGUGAGGCAGGAAUCAGUAUUUUUCAAGAUGCACCUACAACUGUUGAGAGAACUGAGAUAAAACCCUCAACUGUUCCUGAAGAUACAAUGAGGAUUGUUGAUGACAGGAGAAAAGGAAAACAGCUAGAAGCAGAGGGACAUCUGAACAGCCAAAAAGCGAGUUCUGUGUCUAGUCUCGAUAGCAGUGGGAUGGGCAGUACAUGUAGUGAAGCAGACAAUGAGACAAGUGAUGGAGAAGAGGCAGAUAUUGAUACCACGGACAUUGAAUACACUUUUACAGGUCCUGGAUCUGAAGUGGAAGUAACCUACAAUCAAAUUCUCAACACUUUUUGUGAAACUAAACUUGAACUACAAGAGGAAAUGGACCUAGACGUGUCUCCAUGCUCGCUCUGGAAAGCUCUUCACAAUGGACAGCAAUGUAUGGCAUUAGUAUACAAUGGCGAAGGUGAUAAACUGAAAUUCACCAAAUACAUUGAAGAUGUGCAAAAAAAUAAGCCCAAUGUAAUGCCAGCAAAAUGCAUUCAUUUUGAUACUAAACUCUAUUCACACCCUGUUGUCCUGUUUGAAGUUCAGCAACCAUUAAAAGAGUAUUGCUUUUCAUCUGAGGCCUUAUCUGAAAUACAACAGCUUUCAUUGUUAUUGAAUGCUGCUAUUAGUGUUCUUGGGUUCUCACCAAAUAUUACCCUUCAAUUGACUACAGAAUCUCUGUUUGUACAAAAAUCUAGUACUAAUGACACAAAUGCAAUGUUUUUACCUAUAUAUGAGCAAUCGUACUUCCAUCAAUUGGAACCCAAAAUCAAACCUGAAGUACCUAGCUUGAAUUGGCUCAACGACAGUCUUCUUUUGAUGGUUCAUCAUAAACAGUGCAACAGCAAUUCCAAACUACCUGAAAACCACAUUCUCUUCAACAUUUUCAAGCACAGGUGGUUCCCAGACGAUAAACUAGGCUCCUCAAGUACUGUAACAGCAGAUGUUGCCAAAGAACUAGAACACAUACUAGAGUUGGAGAAAACCAGACUGGAAAUGAAAGCUACUCUUGACCUAGCAGAUUCCGAAUAUUUGGAGGUACCACAUUUGCACAUGCUUCUCAUUGGGCACACGGGAGUUGGAAAGACGUCCAUCAGAAAGCAUCUUCAGAACAUUCCCUUUAAUGAUAAGGAGAAAAGCACAAUCAUAAUGGAGCAAGAGCUGCUAUAUCAAGAAACAUUUGAAAGUACAAUAGACUCCAAGAAAAGCGCCGUGGUAUUUAAGAAGUACGACAGCGUUUAUAAGAGCGACCCAGAUAAUAUUUAUCUCACUCUCUGGGACACAGGAGGGCAACCAAUGUUUCAAGAUCUUCUUCCUUGCUUCGCCAAAUUUAGAUCCAUUUAUGGUAUUGUUGUUCGACUUUGUGAUUUGUUGGAUAAUUCUAACGCUUCCAUUAGACCUACCUGCCCACUUGAAAUAGAGAGAGAGUCUCCUUACACAUAUACUGAUUACCUGUAUCGAUGUCUUUCCUUCUUAGACUCUAAUUCACUGGAUGUGCAUCUCAGCAACCUUCCAGAUAUAUUAAAGAAGAGAGUAUUCGAAUUAGCUAGUGGAACGGUUUUUCCUAAAAUAGCCUUUAUCGGUACUUUCAAAGAUCAGAUUAAAAUAGAUGACAAGCAAGACUUGGAUCAAAUGCUUCUUCAGUUAAAACUCAAUCUGAACUCUCUAAAAACGAACUUUCAUGAAAAGAUAAUCUUGCCUUCAGCUUCUACACCCAGCUCUGUUAUGUUCGAGAUAGACAACACACAAUCAGGAGCGAAGUAUGAUGAUCCUGGAAUGAAAAUUUUGCGAGAGCAAAUAAUUUCCUGCACAAAAAGUGCCAAAGCAAAGAUACCUAGGAAAUGGGUUGCUUUCAAGAUUGAUCUAGAACGAGAAUCACGUUUACAACAGCCUUGCACAGGAAUUGUGACAUUUGAAAAAGCUAGUGAAAUAGCUAAAAAGUGUAAAACAGACCUUAGAGCAGCUCUCUGCUAUUUUCAUGAACUUGGUAUCUUCAUAUGGUAUCACGACAAGAAAAGGCUCCAAGAAUAUGUUUUUGUUGAGCCUAAGAACCUACUUUCCAUUCUUGGAACUAUUCUUGAUCCCCAAGUGUAUAAGGAUCAUCCUAAGCAAUGGAAGAGUCUUCAAACACGGGGUAUUCUGAAUGUCCAAGUUGGUAAAAAGCUUCUAGAGGAUAGUAAGACUGGUCUCCCGCUAUCAUGGAUUCUAAACUUCUUUGAUGAACACCAUUUAGCAAUGCAUAUGCCUUUACUGGAAAGCUACUUUAUUCCGUCUAUGCUCCAAGUGCUUCCCAUUUGUCCUAAUCAUCAGCAUGUAUUUCAUACAAGAAUUUCAGCCUGUUCUGUACUACCUAAUCAUCAGCAUGUAUUUGGUACGAGAAUUUCAGCCUGUUCUGUAUUACCAGCCGAGUUACAAGUGGCACCACUGUUUUUGGUUCCAAUUUCUAAGUUUAUACCACCAGGUUUUUUCCCAAGACUAAUGACCGUACUUUCUGGAAUCAAAAAAGGCAUAAUAAUAUGGAAACUGUCACCCAAUUUUAUAAAUUGUAAGAACAUGGUGUCGUUUGAAAUUAAUAACCAGUUUCGGCUUGUAUUUACUGAGUUUAUUGACUGUGUUCGAGCUCACUUUGAUGGACUUACUGAUGACAAUAUUCCUCAGCCUGACUUAUGUCUUCAAAUUGUAUCCACUCUGAAUGUGCAGCUGCAAAGAGUUAUCAAUGCGAAAUCGAUGCGCUUAACAUUUGUGUGUUCUUGCUCCGAGCAUUCAUGUAGCAUCCACUUUCUCAAAUAUUUGCCAUUUGCAACUGAUAACCAUAUACCAUGUGGUGAACAUACUGGCAAACAAAUGGAGCUCACUGCUGUCCACAAAAUAUGGUUGACUGAUGAACAUCAUCCAAAGAUAGCUACUCUAGAAGAUGCUGAGGCUAGAUUUGGAGCUGCAAUGGAAGGAAGCAAAUUUGGUGUGCGAUUCACAACAAUCCUUUUUACUGGACUGCCAGAAUCAGAUGUCUAUGCUUACAAGCGAUUGAUCAUGGAUAAAAAUGUCACGCCUUUUGAGUCAAUGCGUUCACUGGAUUCCAUUCAACCUGGACCGGCUAACUUUGAAUUUAGUUGCUACACUGUCAGUGGUAAACAUCUUAUAACUCUACAAGAUGACGAUUUAGAUAUGGUGUUUGCUUGUAAUGCUGCAGUACAGACUCCUAAAAUUGACGAGUCAGAUGAAUAUUCUAUGCAACAAGGACCUAAAGAAGCACCAAGCAAUGUGGAUACGGAGCUUACUGCAAUAGAAACUCCAAAAGGAGCUGAAAAUGAUAAGUCAGAUAAAAGUGUUAAGCAAGAAGGACCCAAAGCAUCAAGUGAUUUGGAAAUAGUGCUUGCUCGAGCUGAAAAGGACGAGUCAGACAAACAUUCUAUACAACAAAGACCCGAGGGAGCAUCAAGUGAAAAUCCUGAAAAUAAUCCAAGUAAGCAAGAAAAACCUAUUCAAUCUGUUGGUAAAGAAGUUCCAAGAUCGAUACCUGCUGGAAAUUCCCCACAGCAUCUCACUUCUAUAAUCUAUGAGCCAAUAUCUAAGAAUAGUAUAUUAAAAUGUGUCUCUUCUAAGAAAAUUAUGCAACUAAUGGUCAAUCGUGAUCGAUCGCUUACAACAGAUUUCGAUAAUUUGACUAUUAUUAAUUGCGUAUGCUGCUCUGAUGUUUGGUUGUUGGAUGUACUACCGAUUUUCCUUCAAGGGAUUGCCAUAGGCAUUAACUCUAUUAGUAUGAGCCAAUAUCUUGAAAAAGAACAGGACAGUUCAGUUUCUGGAGAUAAAAUACAAGUCACUAGCAAGCAACUAUUAAAAGACAUCAGUGUACUAGCAACAAAAUUGCUGGUAGUUGGAAAGCACGCAGAAGUUGAGUCGAUUGAAUCUAAUGAGAGAAUGAGUGAGAUUAUUUUUAGGGAUAUUGGACAGGCAAAGUUCAUUACAGAUGAGGAUGGAAAACAAGCAAUAUUUGAAGUUGGAAUAUCAAGGAGUGAAAUAGAAAACAUUGAGCAGCAUCUAGUAUCAUCGUUGGCUUUGAUUGAAUUGAAGCAAGUCUCUCUAUCCUGGCACAUGCUUGGUCACGCUAUCAAGAAAGUAAUGCGACAAUACAAUCGGAAAUUUAUUAGCAAACAAGAAGUAUUGAUUAUUGCCACCAAAUUCAGACUAUCUAACACUGAUCUUGAACUUGCCUUACUUAACUUGCACAUGAGUGGCUUGAUUCUAUAUUAUGGCAAUGUCCUUCCAAAUGUGAUAUUUAAAGAUUCCAUUGUAUUGAUCGAAUUGAUUGCCCAGAUAAAUCUUUAUGCCAUGCAGCAUAAUCAAGGAGCUAUUAUUCCCCUCACUGCAUUUGAAGCUUGUGAAAAAAUGUAUGGAGGAUUGUUCACAUGUAAAGAAGCAAUGUCCCUCUUCAAAGAUUUGCAUAUAUUAACUGAGCUGGAAACUUCGUUAUUCUUGAUGCCAUGUUUACUGAGGGGAAAAGUCAGUGUUGAAACUCUCAGCUCUAUUUUCAGUGCAAAUGACACCAAAGUUGCUCCGCUUGUGAUCCAGUGUUCAUUAUCCCGUGGCAUUUUUGAGUACAUAAUGUGUUACUUGUGCUCACAGUGCAAUAGUCACCCAUGGCCAUGGAAAAUUAAGGCUCCUCAAUUUCGAGUUUUCAAAAACUGCGUGCAGUUCAUUUUACCUGGACUGAAUGUUCUCAUUACUUUGUAUAGACAGGAAAAUACUGAAAUGACUGUUUAUGUCACUUCAAUGCAAGAUUAUGAGAUUCUACCAUCUAUCAGAGCAGCAAUUGUUAAUGGUUUAAAUAAAGCCGCGGAAGCAUUUCACAUUUCUAGCCAAGCUGUUCCUGUUGUGGGGUUUCAUUGUACAUGUGGUCAGGUUAACUACACACACAUGAUCGUUCCUAGCACAGAGGAUCACUGGAGAUGUUCUGCUACAAAUGAAAUACUUGCACUUCUUUCUGUUCAAGAAAUCUGGUUUAUUAAUCGUAAUGGUGCUGACACACUUACCGUUCACAACGUGUUUGCUGUGCUCAUCCCAUGGUCAAAUUCGUGGUACAAAGUAGGUAUUUUCUUCAAAUUGGAAAAUGAUGUGUUGGAAACAAUAACAGUACAGUACCGCCAAGACACAGAUGCAGCACUAAUGGAGGUGAUCAGAAAAUGGUUCCACACACAUCACAACCCUAGCUGGAAGGAGGUUCAACAAGUCUUCUUGUAUUUGAAACAAUCAGAUACUUCCCUAAUUGAACGUUACAUGACUGAAGAUGUCUUUAAAGAGUGUCUCCCAAGCCUUAUACUCUUUGUUAGCAUAUCCACACUCCUUCCAUACUUGCUAAAAUAUCGUCUGGUACAUAUGGCUGACGUCGAUUCUGUACAAUCAUUGUAUCUUGACAAUUUAACUAAGAUAACUAAUCUUUUCAAUCUAACAAAAAGAAAUGGAGGUGAAAAUGGUUUUGACCUACUCUACGAUUGCUUGUUUAAUACCAGUGAAGAGCACCGAGGACAUGAUGAAAUUGUUCAAGAGCUUAAGAGAUGUGCACCGUCCUCCUCAACCAUUACAGGGCUUAAUCCCAUUGCAAUGGACCCAUCAAUCUUGGAGUCCCCUGAUGCUAAGUAUGCUGUAGAGUCGGUGGAUGCACUCAUCAAGGAAAUCUCUGACCACAUUGGACAAGAUUGGAUGGUCCUAGCCAGAGGUCUUGGUUUUACAGAAACUGACAUUCAAUCGAUUGAAUAUGCCGAUAAACGAGAUCUGAAAGAGCAGAUUUGUCAGUUUUUCUAUGAGUGGAAGCAAAGAAAUGGACAAGACGCUACUCGAGAUACACUCGUCACUGUCUUGUAUGAGAGUGGAUUAAAUGAAGUCCUGAAUGCUCAAACAAUCGAUAUUCAAAACCAAACCUACUUGAAGAAACUGGAUGAGCUGAUGGCCGACAAAAGUGGUACCAUUGAGCUACACUAUCUCAAGACGUACUUCAUUGGUCCCUCGGGUCUUGGCAAAACGACCACUCGACAGCGGCUUGUUGGGUCCAUUACUAACCUGUCUUUGCUGCCCGAAGAUCAAAGGAAACGUUGCAGUACAUUACUAGCCGAGUAUGAACAAGUAUUGGUCUUUGUGGACAAAUCUGGAACAAAGCUUGAAUUUAAAGCAUCUUCAAGUCUAGAGGAAGAAACACAGUUUAUCUUCUCUUACCUUAUGUCCUGUGAACCUAUUGAAGACAGCACUGUCAGCAAUACUAGUCCACCUAAGGAACAGCCCACACGAGAAACCACUGACACAAAGAAGCAAACUCAACUCAAGAUCGGUGAAGCUGCUAUUGUACCCAAGGAAACGGUAUCACCAAUACCUGGACCAACACCAAAUACUGUAGAUGUUGGAAAGGUUGUCUCGAGACUCCGGAGUAUUGUGAGUUCAGGAGAGUACAGUAAAGAGCUGCUGAACAAAUUCCUUCUCAAUCUGGUCGAUAUAGGUGGGCAGCCUGGAUUCGUGGAGAUGUUUCCAUUUUUAAACAAAGGUCCAGGGAUUUUCCUGGUAUUCUUUCGACUGGACAAAGACUUCGACGACAUGUGUCAAAUCUCCUACGAACGAGGAUAUGACAAGAUCACACCAUACGAUUCAACGUACACAAAUAGAGAAACGCUCUCUCAAAUCCUCUCAGCUAUCAGCCAUUAUACCAAGAUUGACUCGGAUAUUGACAGAGAGCUGUGUAGUAAACUGGGCAAUCUAGGCUCUGCUAAGCCUGUUGCUACCCUCAUAGGUACUUUCAAGGAUAAACUGGCAAUGCAAAUUGAAGUCGAUCUUCUGUACGAAAAAUUUUUUGCCUCAACAAAAGCUGUCUGCAAGAGCGAUAGUACCACUGCCAGCAAGAGCCUAAAUGAACACGAACAAAAGAAAGCAAUUCGGAACAUUUUGACUCAACAGAAGAGUGAUGAGCAUGCUAACGUCAGUGCAGAAGAUAUGGCUACCAUUGAGCAAAUAGUCAGCCAACACCUAAACUCGGACACUUUCAAGAAAGAUGUCGAAAACCGUUUAGAGCAAAAGUUGACAGAGAAAAACGAAGCCGUGACCAAGAUUACCAGCGAGUUUGAGAACUUACUUUCUCAACCAAAAGACAAGAAGUUCAUAGCAGUGGACAACUACGAAGGCACUGAUUCUGAUAUGGAACCUCUUCGUGAGCAUCUUCAUGGCUUAUUCAAUAGCUAUUUCAAAGAUGCCAAGCUUCGAAUUCGCCCACAACAGCUUUUGUUUGGAGCUGUACUGAGAAAAGAGUUUGACAUUGUGUCUAUGGAAGAAUGCAUUCGUAUCGGUACCGAGGGGUUAAAGAUGAGAGAGAAGGAGGUUCGAUUCACCAUUUGGUACCUGGAUCGGUACGUUGGGUCUUUGAUCUAUCAUCCAGAGAUCAAGGACAGAGAUGGUUGGUUUGGGAACUUUGUCAUUUGCGAUCCCCAAGUGGUAUUCAACAGCCUCAGUGUUCUCGUUGUCAAUCCGCUGCUGGAGCUCCAUUCUGAAGACAGCCGUAUUCAGUUCAAGGAAGCUGAGAGAAGAAAUUGGAUACUCAAGGGGCAAUUCUCACUGAAAACAAUCACUCGAUGCCUUUCGGAGGAAAACCAGGGUGUGAAGAAAGACCAGUUGAUCCCUGUUGAGAAGUUGCUCAUACUACUCGAACAUUCCCACCUUUUAGCCAAAAUCACAACAGUGGAGGAAGGCCAUACCACAGAAAAAGUCGAAACGAUGUUUUUUAUCCCUGCUAUUCUCAAGUGUGCAUCUCGCGAGGAACUAACGAAACCACCUCCCACUGGCAUUGAUACACCCCCUCCAAUCAAGAUCACAUUUGACCCUCAAUAUGUUCCCGUUGGAAUAUUCUGUGCCAUGAUCAGUGAAUUGGUCUCAAGGGGGAGUAAAGACAAAGGCAUUGUGGGCAUGACUUGGAAACUUGCCACUGAUACUUCAGUAAAGAGAAACCUCGUCUCCUUUCACAUUGACAACUCUGCCAAGCAUUUUGUUACCCUGAUUGCUCACGUCGAUUGCUACGAGAUACGGAUUAUUCGACAGAACAGGAUACAUACGAUGCACGAGCUUUGUUCCUACGUCCUCUUAACCCUCCUGUUGGUGAUGAAGGACAUUAGUCCACUACUCUCUCCGAUUAUUGCCUUCGACUGCUACUGUGGCAAACAUGAAGAUGGUUCCAAGCUUUGCCUCCUCACACCUGGAGUUGAUCCCUGCUUUAAAUGCACCAGCAAAGUCUCACUGAGCCCUCACCAAGAAUGCUGGUUUGCAGAAGAAGUCAGCGUGGGAGAUGAUGUGAUCCUUUUUGCUCUGCCCUUUGCCUCUGAUCGAGAGUUGAGGGGCAAGAGCCUCUCCUUCGAGUGGAGCAAGAGAAGACCCAGAAUUAGAGGGACUGAAAAUGAAUUGGAAUUCAAGGCCUCGUCAAAUAGUCACUUCAAGGGCUUUAUCAGUUGUAAGAUCUCCAAGAACCAGAAGCAUUUCUUCACCGUGUACCACUGCCUCAAAGAGAGUGUUGAGGACACCUCCAGCUCUGAAACUGACCAGCCGCAGUUUGCAGAUGUGAAGGAAGUGAUCAAAGAGAUACGCUCUGACUGGUACAGCCUGGCUAUAGAACUGGACAUUGACUAUGCAACUAGGAAGAGUCUUGAGAAGGACUAUCGCUGGGUUGAGCCGUGCUUUGAGGCCAUGCUGACACACUGGGUGAAGCGCUCCUCUCCUCCCCCCUCCUGGUCUGCCCUUGUUAGAGCACUAGAGUCUCCCGCCAUUGCUCGUGGGGACAUUGCAACAACCAUUAAGACAAAAGCUACCAGCGACAUCUCUCCUGUUAUUUAUCAUCUCACUCACGGUGAGGGACUGAGUGUGGAUCAUCAUUUGAGGGUAGUGAGGACAGCUGCCUGGGAGGUGAGGGGGACAUGGCGUCCUCUGGGAGAGCAGUUGGGUGUCAAUGAGGGGACACUAGAUGGAAUAGCUGAGGAGAAUGCCAGAAAACCCAACAGUGUCACCAAGUGUUUCACAGACAUGCUCGUUGAGUGGUUGCAAGGCGGUCCACAACUGGAGGACUUGUUGACAGCUCUAGAGUCUCCCGUUAUCAGUAGAGCUGACAUUGCUGAAGACCUCAAGGGAAGAUUGCAAGUGACUCUAGCCUGAUAAUAUCCUCUAGCCAUUAUAAACUGUGACUACUGACAUUUUAUUUUGUUCUGUAUAAAUGUUUUUGUGGUGACUAUACUACCACUCUACCCACUCGUACGGUAAUUAUACCUGAUGUGAAUUCUUUGUUAAGUCAAUGUCUGUCGACACAAUUGUUAGAAUACAUGGACACUUAUAUAUAGUUGUAUGGACACUUGUAUGGAAUGUUCUAGAUUAUGUUACGUUCUAUUUAAGUGUAAUUUCUAGUCUUACACGUGUUUUGUGCAAUCUCUAUCUUACCCAGUUGAUUAAGCUUAUUACUCUGCAACAA